AUGUCUUUGCUUGAUUCGUUGAGCGUUGGUAAUAUAUCUGGAAGUUAUAUUAGAGUUACAAGGUUGAUUGAGUUUUAUGAAAAUGGGACGGAGGAUAUAGCAGUCUCGUCCACACAGACUUUGAUAGUCUCAACUUUUGGCGCCAGCAAUCUCCUGCCUCCACGUCUGCUAGAAACCUUUAUGGUGUUAAAUCUCGUCUGCUCCGAGUUCAUCGGCGUGCUCGGCAUCAUCGCCAACGUCGUCAACAUCAUCGUCUUCUACAAGCUGGGCUAUGAAGACACCGUCAACAUCAAACUGACGGCUCUAGCGGUCAGCGACAUCGGGGCGCUGGUCACCAGCAUGUUCUACGCGUUGGUGGUCAACCCGUGGUUCCUCAACGCUGAUCUCCCCUUCCAAGCCAUCGACAUUAUGUUCAUGAUAGGGUUCAACCCCCACAACUACUUCAUCCGUGUGUGUGGCUUCAUCACGGCCUUCGCCUCGUUCGAGAGAUGUCUGUGUGUUCUUGCGCCGCUUAAAGUCAAACGCAUCAUCACCAAAAACGUCUCCACAUUCAUCGUCAUCACCAUCUUCCUUGUUCUUCUACUUGAUCUUUUCCCAACAUAUUACGCCGCUUAUUUAGACUGGGUAUUUAACCCUCUAACAAAUAAAUCUAUUCUUGCCGCGGUUUUUCGUGAAAAUAAUAAAUACGUUUUUGAUAUAUCUUACUUGAUAACCGAUUUGUUCCUCCCUUAUCUUACUUUCAUCAUCAUCAUAACAAGCACCGUCACAAUAGCGGCGACAUUGAAGAAACAAUCCCUCUGGCGUCAGUCUUGCAACUCUAAAUCUGACAACAAACAGAUCACAAAAAAAGAAAAGAGGGUCGUCAUGAUGCUGUCGGUGGUCGCCGUGGUUUUCAUCGUGUGCCUCAUCCCGCAGUCGGCGGUUCUAACCGCUUCUGGGCUGGUGCCGGAGCUGGGGGCGUACGGGCUGUACUUUGACGUGUUCCUGGUCGUCAGCUGUCUGUCGUACCUGAUGGAGACCGUCAGUUCCAGCGCCAACAUCGUCAUCUACUACAGCAUGAGCAGCAAGUACAAGGAGACCAUCCACAGCUGCUUUUAUUGCUUGAAACUCAACAUGAGGUUCUAG